AUGGAUGGAGACGUGGACCGGGAGCGGGACAGACUGCCUCCCAUCUACAGCAGCGCGCCCCCGGCUGGUCUGGGGCGUGGCUCUAAGCAGGCCUUCCCGUCUUUGGGCUCCUUCAUCCACAGCCUGAGCCAGCGGCGAGAACCAGGGGGGCGGGGCCUCAGCACCAGCCUCAGCUUCAGACACGCAGGACAAGAGCUGCCUCCCAUCGGUGUGCGUCAGAAGCAGCGUCUCAUCGACACCCUUCCCCCUGAGGCCAAAGCUCCCUUCCCCUGUGACCCCAUCAUCCCCCUGAGGACCAAGACCAUCAAGGACUUCCAAGAGGACAUGGAGCGGGCGGUGGUCAGCGGAGACUGGAGAGAGGUCAGAGACUUCUUCCUCACCACCUUCACCUCCUUCAUCGAAAUCAACGCAGCCUUCAAGCGAGAGGCGAAUGGAUCGUUCAACACGAUCGACGACUCAGGAGUUAACAGCAAAUUUGUAAAUGCAGUGUACGACGCACUGCUCAACACGCCUCAGGACAUCCAGAAGUCUGUGCUGAAGGGAAUCAUCAACAGUCUGCUGCGGGAGUGGAAGGGGCCUCGGACGAAAGACGACCUGCGAGCAUAUUUCAUCCUGGUCCAGAACCCUCAGUACUCCAGCACCAGCACAUACGUGAUCUACGCCCACCUGCUGCGCCAGAUCUCUGCUCUGUCCGAGGCCGACCACCACUUCCUGGUCCACUGGCUCAAGAAGCUGUCCGUGCGCAGGUUCAAACAGCUGGUAGAGCGCCUCCUACAGUUCAUCUCCACACGUCUGCUCCCUGCAGACCCUGAUGAGCUGCCUCCUCCAUCCAAGUGCUCCUGGUGGGUCCCUGCAGCCACCAAGGUCCUGGGCCUCUUCAAUGCGGCGAACAGCGUGUCGUCUCCUCCCAUCAUGCCUUUCACCGACUUCUACAACAUCACUCUGGAACACAUCAACUUCAUGGAGGAGUACAGGACCUGGCAGAGCUACGGCAACUCCAGCAGGUUCUCCUUCUGUCAGUUCCCGUUCAUCCUGUCCACUGUGGUGAAGAAGACCAUCAUCCAGAAGGACUCAGAGCAGCAGAUGAUCAGCCAAGCCAGGCUCUCUCUCGUCAGUAAAGUGUCUCGGAGACAGAGAGUCGACAUGAACCUCCUCUUCCUCAACAUCAAAGUGAGACGGAGCCAACUGCUCAGCGACUCUCUGGAGGAGCUGACCAGGAAGAGGUGUGACCUGAAGAAGAAGCUGCGGGUGACGUUUGUGGGGGAGGCGGGUCUGGACCUGGGGGGUCUGACCAAGGAGUGGUUCCUGCUGCUGCUGCGACAGGUCUUCCACUCAGACUACGGUAUGUUCACCUACAUGAAGGACUCGCGCUGCCACUGGUUCAGCAGCUGGAAGUGUGACAACUAUUUAGAGUUCCAACUGGUCGGAACUCUGAUGGGUUUAGCCGUCUACAACAGCAUCGCUCUGGACAUACACUUCCCUCUCUAUGUUUACAGAAAGCUCCUGACUCCGCCCACUGCACCAUGUGACCCAAACGCCACGGUCGGCAUGGCGACGGCCACGCUGGAGGACUUGCAGCAGAUCAUGCCGGUAACAGUUUACUUCUCUCUCUGCGUACAGUACAAGUGUGUCUGA